CUCUGCAUCGAAUUCUCUGGACUACAAAAGCGCACACACUCUCUCUCUCUCUCUCUCUUCGUAUCAAAACCCAUCCAUUACAUACAAAUCCCAAAUUCUCAAUCUUCCUCUCCUAUAAAACAACCCUUCUUUCGAAUCCUUCGCGCCCCUUCCACUCCCCUCACUCUCUUUUCCCUCUCUCGUUCGCAGAUCCCAACCCUAAUUCCUCUCUCCAAACUCCGAUUUCUACCCCGAAAUCUCUUACACCAACCCCCAAUUCGCCUUUUCUAGGGAUUCCUUUGCUUCUCGGAAAAUCUUGUUAAACUGUUUUGGGGUUUCAAAGUCCUAUAAAACAACCUUCUUUCGAAUCCUUCGGGUUCCCUUCACUCUUUUCCCUAUCCGAUUCGCAGAUCCCAACCCUAAUUCUUCUCUCCAAGCUCUGUGAUUAGGGUUUGAUGGCUGACCAAGGAUUGGAAGGGAGCCAGCCUGUGGAUGUACAGAAGCACCCUUCUGGGAUCGUGCCUACCCUCCAAAAUAUUGUGUCCACUGUCAAUUUGGACUGUAAGUUGGACCUCAAAACAAUUGCACUUCAAGCUCGUAAUGCGGAGUACAAUCCCAAGCGUUUUGCUGCUGUUAUUAUGAGGAUAAGAGAGCCCAAAACAACUGCACUUAUUUUUGCUUCUGGCAAGAUGGUUUGUACUGGAGCUAAGAGUGAGCAGCAGUCUAAAUUGGCAGCAAGGAAGUAUGCUCGUAUUAUCCAAAAGCUUGGCUUCCCAGCAAAAUUUAAGGAUUUCAAAAUUCAGAACAUUGUUGGCUCUUGUGAUGUCAAGUUCCCUAUACGGCUGGAGGGUCUUGCGUAUUCCCAUGGUGCUUUCUCAAGUUAUGAACCGGAGCUGUUUCCAGGCCUAAUCUACCGUAUGAAGCAACCUAAAAUAGUCUUGCUUAUAUUUGUUUCUGGAAAAAUUGUUCUAACGGGAGCUAAGGUGAGAGAUGAGACUUAUACUGCCUUUGAGAACAUAUACCCUGUGCUUACUGAGUUCAGGAAAAACCAACAAUGAUUGUUAUGAAGAGCAGGAGCAGUGUUCUGGAAAAGAAGUUCGUGGAACUGUAAAUAUUAAGACCAAGGAGAUAUCUAGAUUGAUAUAAAUUAAAGACAGCCGUUUGUGUUGCCUUGGUUUUGUUUUUGAUUGGUCUUGAUGUAGUAAAGUGGACGACAUUGUUCUAUUGAUUUGACAUAUUAAAAAGGGAUUUUGAAGAAUCAGAAAUGGGAAAAAAAAAAGUGGGGAGCUUAGUGGAAAAAUAACACAUUAAGUUCUGAGUCUGACAGUUGGGAAUAUUUAGUUUUAUACUGUUUUCAUGUGCUAGUUACAUAAACAUUUUGCUGAUUCUAUCAAUUAACCGCAGUGUGGACAGACUAAUUGAAUUUUGAUCGUCAAAUCAAAGCUUUGAGCUGCUAAAUUUAUCA